AUGGGUGCGGAAGAGAAGAAGAUCGAAGUACCAAGCGACAACAAGAUCCCCGAUUGGACACUCCUCCCAGUGGACAUCCUCCGCGAUAUCUUCAUCUUCGCCUCGACUCCCAUCCACGAUCAGAUCCAGGCAUCGAACGCUGCUGCGAACGUCACAUGGCUGAUGCGCUCUGCCUUGACAUGUCGCGCAUUCGCUCAACCCGCUCUCGAGGCCUACUAUCAGUCACCAGCCCUCUUGACGACAUACCAUCCGCACCACUUCCUCGAUCUUUUGCGAAUACCCACCGAGAAGCGCUAUCUCGACUACAAUGUCAAGGUCAAGCGUCUGACGAUGGAUGUGAGGAGGGUCGCAUAUGUCGCGCACAGCAGGCCAAAUUUCAGGGUGGCGUCUCUGAUCUCGGAGCUGCCACAGCUACAACACAUGGAGAUCCUGCAUCCGCGCCACCUUCCGCCGUACCGACCAUGCAACAUUCAGAAGUGGACCUUCGAUCCGAUGGAGAUGGUCCAGGCUAUGGAGGAUAAGAAGCUGCGGAUGAAGACUUGGAGAUGGUCGCGCGAUAUGAUCCCGAAGAGCGAGCAAAGCAGGCUAUACCAGAUGAUGACAAAGGCGCAUUCGAUGAAGACUUUCGCUAGCGUCGAGCACUUGAUUGUGUGUGGCUUCAACGUCAACGACAGUGCCGAGCCUGAGGUCGAAGAGAUGGAGCGUCUAGGGACACCCGGGCUGGCAACUGCGAUCUCCAAUCUCCCAUCGUUACGAGACCUGACAUUCGUCACCUGCGACGUGAUCAUGGACAAGUUCCUCCAGCGACUACCUGUCAACCUGGAGCGGCUCGAGCUGAGCAAUUGCUUAGAGAUUACCAGCGACAUCAUGAAGACCUUCUUCACCACCUCCGCCUCACAUCUCCGGGAACUCGUCCUCAACCACAACGCAGCUCUUAAUUUGAGCUUUCUUCAAGGCUUGAAGACGUCCUGCCCUCAGCUGGAAGUUCUAAUUCUGGACCUCCACUAUUACAGCGAGAAGCUCACCACCAACGACGCGGAACCUCUUUACGACAAUCUCCUUGGCGAAGCGGAGGUUCCAACCUGGCCCUCCACCCUUCGCCACCUUUCCAUCACCCACGCGCAAAAGCUUCCAGCAGAAGGCGCCCGCAAUCUCUUCUCCUCUCUGAUCGAUGCGGCUCCAGAGCUGCCUAAGCUGCGCCACCUCACCAUCCACACCCACAUCAACAUCCCAUGGCGCGAUCGAGUCGGCUUCCGCGAUCAGUGGACUGAGCGUCUCAACCGUGUCUUCCUCCGCAAGGUCGUUGAACCAAGCAAGCACCUCGGAAGCAUGAAGCAAUUCCGUCUCUGGCAGAAGUCCCAGCGCCUACCACCUAUCAACAACCGCGAUGAGCUGGCGAUCGACUUCUCCGCCGGCGAGCUGUCGGACAACGACAUCGCGCCAACUUCGCGUCGCAUGUCCUUUGUUCGCAUAUCUCCACACAAGCCCUCUGGCGACACCGAAUACUACGACUCCUCGCCGGCUAAACCUACCCCACGCUCAGUCAAGCUGACGGUGCGCCAACCACGCCGCUCCACCCGUGUUGUCGCCUCGACUUCGAAUCACAGCGCCGAGUCCGCAGGCGGCUCACCACCCGCAGAAGCCGACGAUGACAGCGACAGCGGCUCCGAAGCAGACGACUGGAGAAAGACCCCCGAGAAGUUCAUCCAAGGCCUGUGCGAAGUCGUGGACAUCCGCAUCGACAACCAACGUCCGCGCGAGGAUCAGUUCAUGGAGAAAGACUUUCUGGAUUCUGAGAUUAGUGGGGAUGAGGAUUGGAGGGAAGGCGCGAGUGGGGAUGAGGAGGACGAGGGCGGGUAUGCUUGGUGA